AUGAGGCGUCGAAAGGAUAAGAUCACACGAGAGAAGGAGGUAGCUUACCAAAGAAGGCUACGAGAUUGGGAGUCUCGUGAGAAGCGAAAGGCAAAAGAUUAUGAGCGCGAAAGUAUUAACGAAGCUCGAAUCAAAGAAGAGGAAGAAAUUGAAAAGCAAAAGUUGAAGCAGUUUUUACAGGACUAUGAUGACGAUAAGCAUGACCAAAAGUACUACAAGGGAAGAAACAUGCAUAAGCGUAUGGCUGAAAGACGAAAGGAGAUCGUACAAGACGAUUGCGAGCACGAGCAGGAGCGAAAGGAGUUGGAAGCCUUGAAGCAAAAGUUAGCCGAAGAGGGUCAUCCUGAUCCGGACUCUGAAGUGCGGAAGAGACUGAACGUCGCCGAAUCGCCAAAUAGUCUCAACGACCAAAUUAAAAUGCUGAUGAGUGAAGCGCGAAACAAUACCCUCUUUGACAACGAUGAAGACAGCCAUGACUCGUCGUCUAACAUGGCGGUAAAGACUUUUGGCUUCCAGGGAAUGAAAAUUGCUGCCGGUGACGUCGCACCACCACAGCAUCCUAAUGGCAGUGGAACUAGUACGUUUCCGUUGGAAGUAACCAACGACAACUCGAACCACUCUGCGCCUAUGAUCAGUAGCAGUGAUGCUAAACGAAAGCGUCUAAUGGUGUCCGAUGUCUUCAACACCAUCGAAGACGACGAGGCCAAUGUGCAGAAUGGUAAAAAGCGUCGACCACCCCCGAACGCCCUGCUGGAGGACAGCAACACUGACAGUAACCUAAGUGGAAGUAGCAACAAGCCAGCAGUAGGCCUCUCCAGCUCACAGCUUAGCCAGGAGGAGAAGCGAAGGCAGGUUAAAAUUAUCAUCGACAAAAUUCCAACAUUAAAAGAGGAGCUGUUCAACUACAGUAUUGAGUGGGAUCGACUGGAUAAUAGCUUAAUGGAGAAGCGAAUCAAACCGUGGAUCAACAAAAAAAUCUCCGAUUAUAUAGGUGAAGAGGAGAAGACGCUGCUAGAGUUUAUCUGCCAAAAGUUACAGACGAAAUGUUCCGCUCAGUGCUUACUCGAUAACGUCGCCAUGGUACUUGACGAGGAGGCACAAGUGUUUGUCGUCAAACUCUGGCGUCUGCUAAUUUACGAGAUUGAAGCAAGGAAAAUUGGCUUGGCCAAGUAA